AAAAAAACCCAAAAAAACAUCGGUGGUCCAGUGUUGCUCCGAGUCCAGUUGUUAUCACACUCGAACAAAGGAACUAAGCGCUGCUGUUGCAAAGAGAUGAGCAAAUAAAAAACGACUACAGCUAGAAAGGACUACGUGCUAGAGAAAGAGAAGGGGGAAAUCAAGAGGAGAGAGCUUGGCUGACACGUGUUUUUGGACAAAUAACUGAUUGAGGGGGUAAAAAAACCGAACAUGGUAUCGGCCGGGCUGGAGAUUCUGGGACUGUCGAUGUGCGUCGUCGGUUCUCUACUGGUGAUGGUGGCGUGCGGGCUGCCCAUGUGGAAGGUGACCGCGUUCAUCGAGGCCAACAUCGUGGUGGCGCAGACCAUCUGGGACGGCCUGUGGAUGUCGUGCGUGGUGCAGAGCACCGGCCAGAUGCAAUGCAAGGUGCACGACUCGGUGCUCGCCCUCAGCCACGACCUGCAGGCGGCCCGGGCGCUCACCAUCAUCUCGUCGGUGAUGGGCGUGCUGGGGCUCAUGGUGGUGAUCGCCGGGGCGCAGUGCACCAACUGCAUCCGCGACGAGAACGUGAAGGCGCGGGUGGUGAACGCCGGCGGGGUGAUCUACAUCAUCAGCGGGCUCUUCGUGCUGGUGCCCCUAUGCUGGAUGGCCAACAACAUCAUCUCGGACUUCUACAACCCGCAGGUGCCCGGCUCCAAGAAGAGGGAGAUCGGCGCCGCCCUGUACAUCGGCUGGGCGGCCACCGCGCUGCUGCUGAUCGGCGGCGCGGUGCUGUGCUGCUCGUGCCCGGCCGGUGGGAACACGGGAUACUCGGUCAAGUAUGCGCCGACCAAGAGAGCCACGCAGAACGGGGACUAUGACAAAAGGAAUUAUGUGUAGCCGCACAGACUUUUUUUUUUUUUUUAAUUUGAAAUUUUUGUACCAGUACCCCACCACCCCCUCGACUCAUUCAAUAAACUGGACCAAGUUUUUCUAUCUUCAGGACUGCCUUUUUUUUCUUGACUCAUUCCGUCAGCUGGACCAUGUUUCUCUAUCUUCAGGACUGAUUUCUUUCUUUCUUUUUUUUUACAUCUACUUCCGACAAAAGGAGUACAGUAUCUUUGUUAGGUACAUGCUUUUGUAAGUUUGUUUUUCAUGAUAUUUUUUAUUUGAUUUUUUUGUAGAACUCAUGCCAUUGACAACACAUGCUUCGCCUGCCAACCUGUACAGUAACAGGAAAAAAAAAAUGCACUCCUUCAUAGAUGUUGAUGUGAAAACGUGUACAUCAGGUGUGUCAGAAAAGUUCCGUUAUAUAUUUUGAAACGCCAAGCAAGACGUUUUCCCCUUCGGUUGCAGGCAGAUGAUAAAGCGGCAUUCGCUCGGCUCAGCGGGCGAGAAGAGGCACCUGCUCACAAGGCCCUGAGCAUCCAAAAGAUCCUGGCGAAGAAGCACAUCGCGUGCGCCUCCCACCUCACCUGAUCUGACCUGGCUAGGUGUGGUCCCCACCACCAUCGAAACGGCCGUGACGACUGCGCUGGGGGCCAUUCUGGAAGAAUCCUCCCAGGCUUGCACCGAGGCGCGGCAGACGAGGGUGGGAAAGGCCAUUGUGCUCCUGGGAGAUUAUUUCUGAGAAGAAAACAUGUGGUUUGGGUUUGACACACGGCCCUGGAACGUUUCUGACACACCUUGUAACACUCGAGAAAUUGUUCAUGUGCUGGGAUUGAUGACCGGGGACGUUUCUGUCCAUUAUUCCAAGCACCAGGUGGCCUCGUGACCGCCGCAGGUAGUCUGAUUUCAUUUCUUAAGUCUCUGGAAUUGUUUGCUUUUGUUGUUUGAUGUAGUGACUCACAAUUUCUGUAUAAGAAGAUGCAAUAUUGUUGCCCUUUUUAAUAAGAUUAAACACUAUAUUUGUCUGGAA